GCCAUGUUGGAUGGAGCUGGCUCUGGGCUCUGUGGCGGCCGGACUUCCCAGGAAACUUUUUACUGUUUUCCGUCUUCGCCCUGUCGCUGCGUUUUUGACCUUAUUUUAAAGAGGAGCGGGACGUCACAUUGCCUCCUUAAACUGCAUACAUUUGUUGGCACCCUAGUCUCGUGGACCCCCGGGAUAAAGCGAACCGGUGUGAGGGGGGUCGAAGGAAGGCCACGGAUGACCGAGGGAUUGUUUAUGUAUCUUUUUGGAUUUCACAUAACGAGUUACAGUCGGUGCAUACUUUAUAAAUUGACCCCUAAUAAUGAGUGGACAUCAGCCGCAACGGCGGCAAACAAAUGUCGGCUCCAUACUACUGACACCGCAGGAAAAUGAAUGCCUUUUCAACCACCUUGGCAGGAAAUGCAUCUCAUUGUCUUCAGCAGUGGUCCAGGUGUUCACAGCAGAUAGGAACUCCAGCUGGAGCAAGAGAUGCUGCGGGGUGGCCUGUCUGGUCAAAGACAAUCCUCAGCGAUCCUACUUCAUCAGGGUCGUUGACAUCAGGGACGGUAAGAUGAUGUUUGAGCAGGAGCUGUACAACAACUUCAACAUCUACCUCCCCAAACCUUACUUCAUGACAUUUGCUGGAGAUACAUGCCAAGUGGGUCUGAACUUUGCCAGUGAGGAGGAGACCAAGCGUUUCCGUUCCCAAGUGACAGAGCUAGUUGGGAGAAGACAGAGGAAAACUGAGAAGAGACGCGACCCUCCAAAUGGCCCAACGUUGCCCAUGGCUACCGUCGACAUCAAGAACCCUGAGAUCAGCAAUGUUCAUCGUUACCAUAACAACUCUCAGAUGAACAACAUUGUGCACUCAUCCUUCCCUAAGAGAGAGAAAAAGGGCAAGGCCAAGAAGAAGAGGUUGACCAAGGCGGACAUCGGCACACCGAGCAACUUCCAGCACAUUGGGCAUGUAGGAUGGGAUCCAAACACAGGCUUUGAUUUGAAUAACUUGGACCCAGAGCUGAAGAAUCUGUUUGAUAUGUGCGGCAUCUCCGAGGCUCAGCUGAAGGACAAGGAGACCUCAAAGGUCAUCUACGACUUCAUCGAGAAGAAAGGAGGCGUGGAAGCUGUCAAGAAUGAGCUACGGAGACAAGAUCCGCCGCGGUGGAGCGCUCCUCCGCCUCCUCCAUCCAGAGGCGGCCCUCCUCCCCCACCUCCACACCACAGCUCGGCCCCUCCUCCCCCUCCUCCUGCCAGGGGGCGAGGUGCCCCACCACCUCCUCCCCCCUCCAGAGCUCCCGUCUCUGCGCCCCCUCCUCCCCCUCCAUCCCGACCGGGCAUGUCGGCUCCACCGCCUCCCCCGCCCAGCAGAGGCUCACUCCCGCCUCCCCCUCCACCGGCCCAUGCCUCAAUUCCGGUGGCGCCUCCCCCACCACCUCCACCUCCCUCAUCUUCAUCCGGAGGACCGCCUCCUCCCCCUCCACCUCCACCACCUCCUGGCCCUCCACCCCCUGCUCCUCCGAUGCCCACGGAGGCUAAUGGAGGGGACGGCAGCAUGGCCGCACCCGGUAAGUCGGCCCUGCUGAGUCAGAUCAGAGAAGGCACCCAGCUGAAGAAGGUGGAGCAGAAAGAGAGGCCGGUGUCCAGCACCGGCAGAGACGCACUUCUGGACCAAAUCCGACAAGGGAUCCAGCUCAAAACGAGGGAUGACAGCACAGAUUCAACCCCCUCCACCCCAGCCCCCUCGGCAGGCAUAGUCGGGGCCUUGAUGGAGGUGAUGCAGAAACGGAGCAAGGCUAUUCACUCUUCAGAUGAGGAUGACGACGAUGAGGAUGAGGAGGACUUUGAGGAUGAUGAUGAAUGGGAGGACUAGUGAUAUUUCAUUUCUCUCCCCCCCCCCCAACCCAUGGAUGAUUAUGACACUAAAAUAGUUCUUGUCUUUCUAAAAAGAAAUCUUUAAUUUCAAAAUUCUAAAUGUAAAUGUUCUAUCAACUCGCUGUAUAUUUUUGUUGCCUUUAUGCUUUUUUUUAUUAAUCUGUGCAAUACCUCAUUUAAUCUGUAAAUGUUUGUCAUUCUCAUAUCUUAGGUUGUUGUUUCUUUAUCUCCAUCACGUCUGUCUCCGUUCUGUCGGCUCCGUCUGUCUCUCGAUAGCAAAUAUGUCACACGUCUCAUUUUAACUAUGUUCUCCGUUUUCCACCUCUCCGCAUCUCUUUUUUCUCCUCCCACGUCCCCAACUCUUUGAUGUUCAUCACCUCCAUCUGUCACUCAGCCAUCCCUCAUAUCCGCUGCCUCCCAUCACACAUGUUCCCUCCCUGUCACUCUCCCAUGUUCCCCAGAUUAACACGUGCAAUCUUACAUCAAGUCGUCUCUUAGAGCUGAAUGUGUUUUCUUUUUUCUUUUGGUCAGUGAUUGAAGGGCCGGCUUAGUCGCCACAUAUCCUUCAUCAAUCGUGUCUUCAUUGUUCGUCACAAGGAAAAAAAAUUGAACUAUUUUCAUACCCUAUUGCUCUCUAGUUUAUUUUUACUUAUUCAAAUGAUCCUAGUUUAGCACUCAUAUUUUCUUAAAACAAAGAAGAAAAAAAGGAAAACGCUCUUUUUGGAAUAUUUAGCUUCAUUUGCUGUUGACUGUAAAUUUGCUCCAGAGUUUGAGUCUUGUUAUAUUUUUGCACAGAUUGAAAGAGGAGACUCGCUGCAUGAAUACAGGACAUUUUCAGGUCUGUAUCAUUACGGAACAUACAUAUGCUUUAAGUAACGAGGCACUUGGACAUUAAGCAUUGUAAGCGUUACCCGUUAACCCACCACACUACAUACAGUACACGCAUGGAGGUAGCCCACAGUGUUAUCGCAGGCUAUCUGUUGUGAAUUUCCUUUUCUUUGUUUUUGUUUAUUUGCCUCUGUCACACUACAGAUUCAGUUGAAAUCAUGCUCUAUUUUUCUUUUAUCUUUUUCUCUUUUUUUUUUUUACAAUAGCAAGCAGAGUAUUAAUAAAUGCCUGUUUCUUGGAAUUAGGUCACUCAUCAUGUAAAGCUUGAGGAAUAAAGACAUUUUAGUUUUACACACCUGAUGCUUAUAAUGGGUCCAUAUGCUAAGUUACUGUACAGACACAGCGGGUCUAAAGCAGUAUUUUUUCCUGUUCUAGACACUAAGUGCUGACACAGUAUAGGGAGAAACACUAGAGUCAUGGCAUUAUUCAAACAAGUAUCAGUAGUUUCUUGACUAACUAGUAAAUCAUGAGGUGUAAUAUAGGAAAUGCUUAUUAAGAAGAACUCAGACAAUGGGCAGUUAUUCCCUACAAAGACCAAAUAGUCAGAUGCCAACGUGUAUUUUAUCCAAACUAAAUAUUUCCCAGUAAUUCUUGCUAUGUCUUAAUUUAAAGGGGGAUUGGCCACAAAGGACAAAUGCAGUAGUUAACAGACAGAGACAAAUACACAUACGAUAUUUGUCAAAUUAAAAAGAAAGUCACAGUUUCUCGUUGCGCCAUUAAUUUUGUGCGAAACCAGUGAGCUCAGUGAACUACAUCUCCCAUCUUGCACAUUUACAUCACCAACACUAACAAUGUUAGCUACAUUUAUUGCUUGCUAGCUAGCUGGGUACCUUAGCUAUCCAGCAACUUUUUAUCAGCUGGGAGAUGAGAGAAUAAGCAACUGUUGCUCAUGUGAGUAGCCUACAUCCUGGACAUUACUUACGCAACGUUUAUUGACUUGCAAAAUCAUCUUUAAAUUGACAGAUAUCAUAUGUGUAAUUCAUAGCACCAUUCAAGUAGGUUCAAAAACUUAAUUGUCUCUUACAGUUGACUAUUGUAUGUAAUGUAACAUUAGCCAGCACAUGCUAACUGGUCAUACCAGACCAGUUCAUGUUUGCUAACAUUAGCCAGCAUAUGCUAAGUGGUCAUUCCAAACAAGUUAGUGUUUGCUAGCGUUGGUCAGCAAAUGCUUACUGAUCAUACUAGACCAGUUAAUGUUUGCUAAAGUUAGCCAACAUAAGCUAACUGGUCAUACUAGACUAGUAAGUGUAUAACAUUAGCCAGCAUAUGCUAAGUGGUCAUACUGAGUUAGCGUUUGCUACUUUGGCCAGCAGUUAGUGUUUAAAAUUAGCCAGCAUAUGCUAACUUGUCAUACCAAACCAGUUAAUGUUUGCUAACAUUAGCCAGCAUAUGCUAAGUGGUCAUAACGGACCAGUUAAUCUUUGCUUACAUUAGCCAGCUUAUGCUAAAUGGUCAUAUUGGACCAGUUAAUGUUUGCUAAUGUUAGACAACAUAAGCUAACUGGUCAUACAAGACCAGUUAGUGUUAGCUAACAUCAGCCAGCAUAUGCUAACUGGUCAUACCAGACCAGUUAAAGUAUUUCUGAGUCAGUGUUUGCUAACAUUAGCCAACAUAUGCUAACUGGUCAUAUCAGACCAAAAGAGGCUGUAGCAGCAAAACUGGGUGUGUUGGUUUGCGCUAGGGUGCAUUUUAUGGCUAAUUAAUUCAACUUUUAACUUGUAUGAGGAAAAUGUGUUAAUUCCUCUUUCAAAAGUUUUACUCAUACUUAAAAUAUUCACAUUGAAGGGGCUGCUGACUGCUAACCGUUUUGUCCUUUAAGCGUCAAACAGAAAGCUUGACCUCCCAGGGUUCCUCUACGGCUGCCAUCUUAGCAUUUUGGACAUGCUAAUAUGUAGCAGAGCUAAUACAGAAAUGUCUUAACCACAGUGUAACAAAUUUCCAGAAAAAAUAACAGGGCAUGAUAAAAAAGUGUUUUUUGUUUUGUUUUUUGUUUUGACUGUUUGCAAAAGAGGAAUGUUGGUGUCCUCUUUAAAUUCUGUCUUUGAGAGUCAAAUUGCCACUUGUCUGAUGUAAGAACUGACCUCUUUUGUCAAAUAUCAAGAUACUUUUGGGGGGCAAACCUAGCCAUGUUUUCGCUGAUGUUAGCUUCUGUAGGUGACUCGGGUUAAUAUGAUGUUAUGGACGCCAAGCCUUAUCAAUGAGGCUUGACAAAUAAUGAACUCUUACAUUGUACACUCCAAUAAAAGGUUGACAUUUACAUA